CAGCAUGAGUAUCGUAGGCAUAGAAGCCAGAAGCGUUGGAACGAGUGUUCUGAGGUCAUUCUGCUUCAAAGUGGAGCGUGGCUGAGAGGACUGCACCAUAUCCAAGAUAUUUUCACUUUGGCAGCCUGUGCUGAGGGGAACCUCUACGCUCUGAUGCUGCCUCAGCUGCAGCUGGUCUCCAGAGUGACUGCAUUUCCCAAUGUUCCCGUGCAGCUCCUGUCUUCUCCUGACUGCCAGUGGGUGUUUGCGUCAAGUCAGAAUUCAGACCUUGAGCCGAAGGUGUUCCACACAGCCUCUCUGGUGUACCCAUUGGACGAUGAGCCUCCCGUCUUGACCACCUUCUCCAGCUGCCUGAGACCCCAAGCCUGCUGGGCUCCUGCUGAGGCGGCCAGGUUGAUUGUCAUGCACCCAGAUGGCAAUAGCAUGCAGCUGGUGGUCAGCACCUAUGAGCUAAGGGCCAAGAAGUCCAAGCAAGAAGUGGAGAUUGUGGUACAACAGAUUGCCAGCUUCCUGUUGCCAGACAGCGUAAAGCCUCCAAACCUCAUGAGGAGCCAUGGCUCGCAGGUGCUCCUGCUGGUCUCGGGACUGCAGCUGGUGCUGUUCAGCAUCCACGGCCUGCAGCUGGCAGCCUUCCAGGACCACCAGAGGCCCAUCACGUCCGUGUGGGUGGACCCAAGCCGAGUAAUCACCUCAUCGCUUGAUCUCUCUUUGCGUGUCUAUGUGUGGAAGAAGGAGAACAAGUUCCCGGUCCUCAAGAGCUGCUAUCACUUGCUUGGGGGAUCUCACCGAUGGGCCAGUGGGUACAUGCAUGUGGAAAGUGACAGCAUGAGUAUCGUAGGCAUAGAAGCCAGAAGCGUUGGAACGAGUGUUCUGAGGUCAUUCUGCUUCAAAGUGGAGCGUGGCUGAGAGGACUGCACCAUAUCCAAGAUAUUUUCACUUUGGUAAAAGGGCUUGUAGAGAUACAAAGACUGAAUGGGUUAUGUCAUGGGUAUUGGGAAAGGAAUGAGAAAUGCCUAGAUGUCGACACUGUCCCAGGCACCGGCAAUGGCUUUGCUCUUGAAUUCUGUCAGCAAGCCAGUGAAACAGGUGCUAUUGUUCCUGCU